CAGCAAAGGAAGACCUCUCCCAAAUAUUUUUUUUUUCGCCAACCAACCAAAUGAGUCGUCAGCGCGCUCGCGUGCCGAAAACCCAAAUGUUAUGGAAGGCCACGAUUUUAACGUCGCAGCCCUAGGCGGCUCCUCCAAAAUCUUUAUAGUUCUGGUGGUUUCACCGGUCUUUUCUUCCUCCGAGGCCGAGCCCAGAAGGGAAAAGCUACUUGUCAUCUCGCCGCUUGUCGCUCGGGUUGUUGGAGAGGAGAACUUCUCACCGGUUCCGAAAGAGAGAAGAAAUCGAAGCGAUGCCGACCAUCACGAAGCUUUACUCCAUGGAAGAAGCCUCCCAGCACAACACCCAGGAUGACUGCUGGGUCGUCAUCGACGGCAAGGUAUAUGACGUGACAAACUAUUUGGACGAGCACCCUGGAGGAGAUGAUGUUCUCCUAUCAGCAGCUGGGAGGGACUCAACUGAAGAGUUUGAAGAGGCAGGCCACAGCAAAAGUGCUAGAGAGCUCAUGCAAGAUUAUUGCAUUGGGGAAUUAGAUCCAACACCUGCAAUCCCAGAGCUCGAAAUCUUUAGGAAGGACCAACCUUCCAACCUCGUUACCAAGUUUUCAAGCAGGGCAUUGCAGUAUUGGGCUGUCCCAGCAGCCAUUGCUGGGAUCUCAGUGGUUGCUGCCAUUUUGUACUCACGCAAGAAGUGAUAUGGUCAAAAAAAUUACCACCUUAUCUUAUGCGACUCCUGAUUUCAUACACACCAUUCCUUUAUUUUAAAAUGGGUUCAUCAUCCCAAUACAACUUUGAAUUGAGUGAAAUUCUGUCUUCAAAGUUUAUGCAUCAUUCUUGAUAAAAAGAGUACUAUUUGCAGUGAUAAGUAACAGACAUUGCAUUAGUGUAUUACUCUAUUUGUCACUGUCGGUGGAUAAGCCGUCAAGAGCAGGCAUGACCGCAGAACGCUGCCGGUAGAGGAACUUGCGGAAGCUGUGCUGGCUGUACUUUUCACCCUCUUCUGCAUUGUCAAGGAUUGCAGAGGCGCGACGGGCCUUGUUGAUUCUGCAAGGGGAAGGUCAUUCUUGUUAAGUUGUACUCUUUCAUACACAGGAUUGUCUACAUAAUUAUCGAAUGCACUAUCUACUUAGCAUGUGAAACAUCACAUUAACUUUUUCUGAAAUGCUAUGCUCUGAUUUGAGUUGAUGAGCUUUCAAUUU